AUGGAGGAAGAUUCUGUUAAUGGUGGGCAUAGCCAGAAAGAAUGGAGAGAAAGGUUCAUGACUACAGUUUUACAAAGCGAAAACGAUAAAUCAACACAUUUCAACGUAUUGACAAAAGAUAAGUACCAACAACUUAUAAAUGAAGUCGAAACUGCUGCAAACACAGAUAAGAAGACCCCGUUGCAGCAGAGACGCCUGAAACGAUUUAGUGUAAUUGACAUUGGAGGGGUAAAAAAAUUAGUGGCAGCCCGUGAGAGAAACGAAAACAUCAAGUACUAUCUGACGGUCGAUGAACUGUACGAUGUUAUCGAUGCUGCUCACGUGGCAGUUGGUCACGGUGGCCGUGAUAGAAAGCUUGCCGAAACGUCAAAGAAAUAUGCCAAUAUUACGAAGGAAGAAAUACAGCUUUAUCUGUCAAUGUGCAAAGUAUGUCACAUGAAAAAAAACAAAAAGAAACAAGGUUUGGUCUCAAAACCAAUUUUACAUUCGGAAAUGAAUAGUAGGUGCCAAGUUGAUCUUAUCGAUUUUCAGACUCAACCAGAUGACAAAUUUAAGUUUAUAAUGGUUUACCAAGAUCACUUAACAAAAUUUGUUUUGCUUCGUCCAUUGCAAAGCAAAAGAGCUGAAGAAGUUGCCUACCAACUGAAUGACAUUUUUUUAACUUUAGGAGCCCCGUGUAUUCUACAGUCUGACAAUGGAAGGGAAUUUGUUAAUAAAGUUAUUUCUGAAGUAACACAGUUGUGGCCAGAGUUGAAGAUUGUGCAUGGUAAACCGCGGCACAGCCAAAGUCAGGGCUCAGUAGAAAGAGCCAAUCAAGACAUCGAAAACAUGCUUGCAUCUUGGAUGGCUGAUAACAAGACAACAAAGUGGUCGGAGGGGUUACGGUAUGUACAAUUCAUGAAAAACAGAGCUUUCCAUUCUGGUAUUAAACAAUCUCCUUAUAAAGCUAUGUUUGGUAUGGAUCCUAGAGUCGGACUCUCUACUUCAUCUCUGCCCUCUGAAAUUUUCAAAGAUAUAAAUGAUGAGGAAGAUCUGACAAAGGUUAUAAACAAUAACCUAACACCUGCAAGUGAAACAGCUGAUGAUAUCUUAAUGGAAGAAGAUGAAAAUAUGGUUCAGGCUCAUACCUCAACUGACAAUCAAAUAAAACAUUCAAGAAAAACCGCUGCUGAAGGUCUAAGAAAGCAAGCAAAAAAAAUGAAAUCCCACAGUGAUAAGUCACAUCCACCAGCCAAUAUUGGAGAUAACGUCAUGAUACCCAUUCCCGAUGUGGACAAGUCUAAAGUUGACCUAAGGAAUAUCAUUGGCGUUGUUAUUGAUAUCACUGAUGAGGGGCUGUACAAAGUUGGAACGAAACAUGGAAUUCUUCAAACACUAUAUUGCAGAACCCAGUUUGACGUGAGCGCCCAAAGAUUCAUUACUGAAAAUGAUGUGAAUAUGGAGAGUGAGAUUUCUUUAAGAACAGCAGCAACAAAACAUUCCAUUGGUAGCGGUCAAGGAUUUCUAAAAUGUUCUUGUACAACAAGCUGCAAAACAAAUAGGUGCCUUUGCAAAAAGAAAAAUGUACUCUGCAAUUCUAAAUGUCACUCCAGUUUGUCAUGUAACAAUAAGUAA